AUGUACCGUCAAACUGGAAGCUACUGCGCGUUGGCAUUCAUUGCUUGCACGCUGUUGUUUCGUUCAGCGACCGAAGCCUUUCCCGACGGUGCUCCAGCCGAUACUUGUGUGAAAAGCCGUACCAACGAGCCCAACCAUGGUGCGGCACGCAGCCAAAGCCUGGCCACGUUACCCUAUCAGGUGACGGCUAGUGGCAAUGUGUACGGUCCCGGUACUCAGAUUCAGGUCACGAUACACGGCCACCAGGAUGUGUUCCGAGGAUUUUUCCUGCAGGCACGCGACGCGCAGACAAACGAAUGGAUCGGUUCGUGGUACGAGACGCCAAACACGAAAACCAUCCCGGAGUGUUCAUCCGUGACGCACGCCGACAACCGGGACAAGGAACAGGCCACCUUUGUUUGGCAGGCUCCGAAGGACCGCCAAGGGCAGGUGUACUUUACCGGUACGAUUGUGAAAAACUACGGUGCAUACUGGGCUAGUGUGAUUGCUGCUGUACCCGGUACGUCAGCGAGAGGUCAUUUCUGA